UCCUGCCACCGAAAAAAAUACGUGGAGUUACACCGACCAAGCACGCUUAAGCCGAGGCGACAAGUUCGUUCGACUCUUGGUUCUUUAGUAACUCGGGUCCCGUGAGAGAGAUCAUUUGUACGGAAUCACAGUCUCAGAGGCUCUACGCUUAUGUGGAUGUUUGAUUGGACCAGUUGUGCAAUUUGUGUUUUUCUGGUGUUUUAUUUUUUAAUUCUUAUUUUUUUAGUGUUAACGAAUUUCUGAGAUACUUUUUAAAAUAAAAAUGUCUAAAUUAUGGACUUCCUGUGGACUUGCUAAGGGCCGCAACACGGUGUUGUCCAUGUAGGUGCAGCAGAGUUAUGUUUCUUCAUUGUUUCAUUCUUAUGGUUAGAAGUUGGAUUACGUGAAUAGGCAGUGUCUGCCCUAAAGUGGAUGUUGGACAGCGUCACUUGAACUGUAUUAGAGUUAGUUCUAUUGGUGUUCCAACUAUUCAUAUGGAUUUAAAGAGACUUAGGUUGAAGUAGAGAAAGCCUAAGAGAGCCACUCACUGAUUCAUCGACUUUCCCACUCCGCUGGAUAAUAUUCAUUGAUAUUUGUGAGGCGAAGAAGUGACUGCAAGGUUUGAAUCGUCAACAGGAGCACGAAAUCGAUGUACUAGAACAUUCCUACAGUUUGCAAAGAUUGGAAUUAAGUUUUGCUAUUGAAGUCAGCGCAAAGAUUAGCUGUGCCAAAGUCUUUUGGGAACAAUGGAGUCGCCAUUUCUAUGGGAGGCUCCUUAGGGAAUUUCCCGAGUACCUAACCAAGCGCCAACCGUGGAUUAGAAGGGAUGAGAACGGAAAUUUCCGAAAUCUCGUUAUUUUCGGCUUGAUCCACAUCCGGUUUGUCACCAUGGCACCGGUAUCGACAGCGUUGCUUGUCUUGACAAUGGUUUUACUGCUGAUGCCGCGCGACUGCCCAGCGCAGCUCGUGGUCAGGCAAAAGGACAUCUCUGUGGAUAUAGGGCGGUCUACCUUCCUUGGGCGCGAGGACUUGGUGGUUUCCAGCGUUAGAAGAGGGGAGAGCUGCAGGAUAGAGGUUGUGACCAAUGACCCAAUCACACAGAGAGUAGGACGAAUACAUCCGCCGAUAUUCGACUGCGACUUUCUACCCAAAACAGUGCAAUAUGUUCACAACGGCUCACCCUUGCUCCAACAGGACAGCGUUCGUCUCCUUGUACACAAGUUUACGGAUACUACCACUUUCACUGAGUCGGUCAUCCUUAGGGUCAACGUCAACAACGCCUCGCAUUCCAUCAUCUCAACGCAAGGACUUAGGCCGUUGGUGGUGCCGGAAUACAAUGGGCGCUCCAACACAAUCGACUCCACGGCCUUGAGGUUCAAGCACAGUCCUAACCAGAAUGUCUCUUGCACAGUAGGGUUCUCCACCUUUUUCUCACCCUGGCCGGUGGCCGGACAGAUCGUGAUGGGGGAAAAGCGGCAGGUGGUAGACUCGGUCAAGAAGGACUGCCGAGAGUUCCUUUUCAUGAAUCUUCACUACGAGCACCUGCGCUCCCCAACCCCAGAAGUGGAUUAUCUCCCUUUGAGUGUGGAGGUCUACGACCCCGCAGUCAGUGACGAAGUUGUAUCCGAGCGGUUCUACCUGCCCAUUCACAUCAAAGGCGCCUUCCAAAACUCCCCGCCCCACGCUUCCUUUCUGAAUAUGUACAUGAUGGACGUAGACCAGUUUGUGCUGUCCACUGUGGUCCCUGGGGUCAUUUCCGCCGAGGACUACGAGACCCCUAAACGACAGCUUGUGUUCAAUAUCACCAAGCCCUUUGGUGAGGGCAAAGGUUACUUUGUCCAUCUGGAUAACCACGCUAAGCCUAUUCACUCAUUUUUGCAAGACGAUCUGGACAACAACCGAAUCGCCUACAGACCGCCCAGUGUUAGUUAUCCAGACCAGAGAAUCUACGACGCAGAACUGGUUGUCUUUGACAGCCACUUUGCUCAGAGUAUGCCAAUUAGCGUACGUAUGGCUGUACGGCCAGCAGACACCACGGCUCCAAGGGUGUCUCUCAAUACUGGUGUCACUUUGCUGGAGGGACAGAGUAGAGAAAUUACCACAGAACAAUUCCAGGUUGUAGACAAGGAUAACUUGAACAGGGUCAGGAUGUACGUCAAGGGAGGUCUGAACCACGGCACCAUCACUGUCCGAGGCAAACACUCGGUCAUAUUCUCCAUGAAGGAUGUGGAGGCGGGUCACGUGGUCUAUAAGCAUGACGACAGUGACUCCACGAGGGAUAGAAUUGAACUGCGCAUCAGCGAUGGUAGUAACACCGUCCUGUCAUCAUUCCCCAUCAUCAUCAUUCCACGUGACGACACCCCCCCUUACCUGGUGAACAACCUGGGUCUCCAGGUGAACGAGGGGGGCAUGAGGAAGAUCAGUGAGGACAUGCUGCUGGCCCACGACUCCGAUUCACUGGACAACAACAUUGUUUACACCAUCGUUACCUCGCCCACAGCUGGAGACAUCAUCAGGAAGCUCCGUCCGUCAGACACUGGCACCAAAAUAUUUGGAUUCCGUCAGAGGGAUGUUGUCAAAGGUCAGAUUUAUUAUCGUCACAACGGGGAGGAGGUAUUUAAGGAUUCGUUUACAUUCACCGUCCAGGACCACCAGGAUCCACCGAACGAGUCAGAAUCCAUGGAGUUCUCCAUCAUCAUCUCACCCAUGAACGAGAACCCACCUCAGAUUGACGCCACUGCUAAACGCAUCAUGUACGUGGAAGAAACCAGCAUUGGUUACAUUAAGUCCACUGAACUCCGCUACACAGAUGUGGAGUCUCCACCCAAAGAUUUGACCUACACCAUCACGACUCCACCUUACUUUGUCUACAAUAGGGGGGAGAGGGAUGCUGGGAGGCUCGUGGCCACACACAAUUUGACCAAAGUUGACAAAACUGUUGAUGCUCCUCAAGCUAUCAAAUUCACCCAGGCUGACAUAGAUCAACAAAAGAUUGCCUACAUACCUCCUACCAAUGACAUAGGUCCAGAGUCCAGGCUGGUCAGGUUGGCUUACACAGUGGAAGAUGGCAGUGGUAACAAACUUUAUGGACAAACAUUUGAUAUAGAAGUCAAUCCAGUGAACAACCAUGUUCCAGAGUUUGUGACCAACAAACUGAUUGUGGAAGAAAGAGGCAUACUGAGCAUCACUACCAGUCAGCUGUCAGCAGUGGAUGUGGAUACCCCUGUGACUUCACUGAAGUUUAUUCUGGAUGCUCCACCAAAGUAUGGCACGCUCCAAAAUGAUGGCAGAAUGCUAAAGACUGGUUCCUCCUUUCUCUAUGAAGACCUGCAAAAGAAACGCAUCAGAUACCUCCAUGAUGGAUCUGAUGUUGUUCUUGACACUUUUACUCUUGCACUGACAGACGGCAUGAAUCAAGCUACCAAAGUUCUUUCUAUACAGGUUGUGCCAGUGGCAGACAAAACUCCAACAUUGUCAAAAAACUUAAGACCACAGUUAAUUGUUUCAGAAGGAGAGGAGGCCACCAUAACAACCAGAAUUGUUGCUGCCACUGAUGGAGAUUCAAAUAACGACAAACUUGUAUUCCUAAUUGUCAAACAGCCAAGAUAUGGAGUUCUACAACUAAAAGGUCAGCCUGCUACAAAAUUCACUCAAGGUGAUGUGAAAGCAGGACAUGUUAGCUUUCUUCACACUAGUGGGGAGAUUGGAACUUCAAUCCUCAAGGACUAUGCAACUUUCAUCAUUUCGAAUCAAAACUUUGUAGCCACAUCUGACAUGCCAAUGUAUGAUCUGAACAUUACCAUCACUCCAGUGAAUAACCAAAAGCCAGAGAUCACAUUGGGAAAUCCUGUCUUUGUUGCUGAGGGGGAAUCUUUUAGGUUUAGCCAAGAGGUUCUCACAGUAACAGACCCUGACUCAAAAACAAAAGAGAUACUGUUUAUGAUUACUAAACAGCCUCAGUGGGGAUAUAUUGAAAACACUAAACCAUCUCCUGGCUCAGAUAAAAAAAACAUUGGUGUCAGAAUCAACUCAUUUACAUAUGGAGAUAUUCUGGAUGGCUCCAUCAACUAUGUGCAGGCCAAUCAUAAAGGUGUUGAGCCUGUCAGAGAUGAGUUUGAAUUUUAUGCUAGUGAUGGCAAGUUAAAUUCUGAUUUAAGGACAAUAAGGAUAACAAUAGUUCCAGCCAAUGAUGAACCUCCUGACCUAAUGCUGAAUGAUUUCAGCAUAACUGAAGGAGGCAGCAUGGUUCUUGGUCCAUCCAUGCUAGAUGCCAUAGAUCUUGAUGUGCCCAAAGAUCAGCUCAAAGUUUCCAUCUCCCAGCCCCCAGCUCAUGGCAAAAUUGUUUUGUUAGUCAACACACGUAGAGGGCUGGCUGAGUCAGAAGUUCAGGUGGUCACAAUUGAAGAGAUCCAUAAUGGGCUCCAGCUGCUGUACAAACAUGAUGGCUCGGAAGUCUUCAGUGACAAAUUUGCUGUCACUGUAUCUGAUGGAAAGCAUGAAGUCAAAGCUGUCUGCAAUAUCUCAGUCAAACUGCAAAAUGAUGAACGUCCAGAGAUUUUUAAAAAUACAGGUAUGGAACUGGAGUAUGGGGACUAUGCCCAAAUCACCAACAAUUUUCUUCAGGCUCAGGAUGAGGACAAUGAUGACCAUGAAUUGGCCUUUGUUCUAGUGGAGACACCAGAGAAAGGCUUUUUGCAGUUCUGCCCUGAACCACAGGCCCCUGCAUUAGAAUUGCAGUGUGAGGAUCUGGAGAUGGGAAGUAACUUUACCCAGGCAGACUUGGACCAAAACCGAAUCAGGUACAUCCACACCACUAGUCUUGGGGACACAGAAAAAGACAAUUUUGUAUUUGUUCUCACAGAUGGCACACAUAAGCGUCAUGAGGAGACCUUUGAGAUUAAGAUCAGAAACACCAAGAAGGCCAACAUUGCUGUGCUGAACAAAGGGAUGGUUGUAAGAGAAGGUGAGCGGGUGGCUAUCAGCACAUCAAAUUUAAGUGCAACAGAUGAGAGCACAAAGGCAGAAGACAUUGUUUUUGCCAUCAUUCGUCCACCAAGAUUAGGCCAGAUUGAGAACAUCAAGAAACGUUUUGUCCCCAUCAGCAGUUUCACUCAGUCAGACAUCACAUCACAAAGGGUGGUCUAUAAUCACCUAACCAAAAAUGACAUCACAGAUGACUCUUUUACAUUCACUGUCACCAAUGGCCUAAGUGUUGCCAGAGAUGGAGAAUUCAAGAUAAACAUUCAGCCGAUGGACAGGGUCCUACCAUCAUUGAUUUCCAACAAGCUUUUGGAGGUCCUCCAGGGUACAGAGGAACCUUUGACCCCAGCUCAUCUCAAGGCUACAGACCCUGACACUGCUGCUCAUAACAUUUCCUUUGUCAUUGCCAAGCCUCCUACUUAUGGCAGAUUGUUUAACCGAGGUGUACAGAUCACAAAUGCUUUCACUCAGAAUGAUGUUGACCUUGGCUUUAUCUCUUAUGAAAGUGAUGGAUCCAAAGCAGGGCUAGACAACUUCCUCUUCACACUGACCGAUGGGCGACAUGAGGGAUUCCUCAUAAAUGGAACACUCCAGACACAACCAGCCAUGAUGAGUAUAUUUAUCCAGCCUCUUGUGGAGGAUGCACCAAGAUUAGUGGUCAAUAAAAGUCCAGACCUGUUACAACACUUAGGCAGACAAAGAUAUGGAUACAAAUUGACCACUAAAAUGUUGAGGGCUGUGGAUACUGACUCGGACAGUGCCAGUCUCCAUUAUGUCAUGACAACAUUACCAAAAUAUGGACAUCUUGAGAAUACGCAGGCCAAACUUUACGUUAGGAGGAGAUUUACCCAGAAAGAUGUGGAUGACGGUAGUUUAGUUUACAUCCUGGACCACCAAGCAGAACACUUUGCUGAUUCCUUCAGUUUUAGAAUAGAAGACGUUCGAGGGAACGUGUUAGAUGGACAACACUAUGUGUUUAGUUGGUCAAGGACACAGUUUGACAGAGAUGAAAUAGUGGCCUGUGAAAAUGUUGGCAUAUUGUAUGUCACAGUGACUAGGUCUGGAAACCUGGCACAACCAGCAUCCGUUGGUAUAACCUUAAGAGAACAAUCUGCAAAGAAAGGAAUAGACUUUACUCCAGGCGCCAUGAAACAGAUUAACUUUGCUUCAGGAGAGUCUAAAGCUACAUGGCAGUUCUCUAUAUUGGAUGAUGGCCUGUAUGAGCCUAAUAAAAAACUGAGAUUAACAUUAGUCGACCCUGUCAACACAAUACUUGGCAAGAACAAGAAGCUGAAAGUAUUAAUAAUAAAUGCUGUGAAUGGUGAGUGUGAACAGUUUCUUGGCAUGGUUAGCAAACAUUCCAUGGCUGAUGACAAGUCUACUGCUGGUCAGUCUAGUGGACAGUACAACAAAGUUGGCAAUCGUCAAUUGACUCAUGGAUUUGACAACACUUACCUUAACACUGAGGCAGAGCAGAAAAUUCUAGCAAAAGAAACAUCCUCUCCAUCUUACUCUCUUCCUAAGAGUUCCUCCUCUCCCCUAAAAAAGAAGCGAAAGAAGAAAGAAAAGGAAAAAGAUAAAGGAAGGAAGAAGAGACGAAGAAAUGGAAAGAAGAAAAAGCUGCCUGGAGGAAAGAAUGACACAUUGAUGCCUGGGGGAAAAGGACCAUUUGAUGUUACCCCCCCUACUUAUCCUGACCUCUUGUCCACAAAGCAGGUUAUCAAAAAGUGCACUCCAGCAACCAAAGACCUCCUCCAUUAUGAUGACAUCAAUUAUCAACUGCGUAAAUGUGAUGGGAAAGAAUGGCAGGCUUGGAGCCCAAACUCUGGCAAUGAUGGAGUCACCACUCCCAUAUGUGAAACUGGCUGGUUUGAUUAUGAGGGUCGAUGUUAUAAACCAAUGAAUGAGAGGCUGGCAUGGGAUGAAGCUGAGGACAAGUGUGUCAAGAUGUUUCAUGGACACCUUACCACCAUCAAAAAUGUCAAGCACAUGAAAUGGUUGGGAGAAAAAUUGGAGGAGAAACCAUUCUGGAUAGGACUCAAUGACAAAGUUCAUAAUGGCAGAUGGCAAUACACCAAUGGGGACUCUGUUACAAUGUACAACUGGCAAAAUGGCAAGCCUCACAUGUGGCGGAAGGGGCACAAGAAAAACUGUGUUGUCGUCAAAAAGAAAUACAAAUGGCGCAAUAAGAAGUGCGACAACUACCAGGCCAGGUAUGUGUGUGAGGCUUUGCCCAAUAAGCAGCCAUCUGAGGUAAUUAAACAGCCACUGAAAUCAAAGAGAGGCUCCACUAAGAGGCAGACCAGGCACCAAAGGAUAACAGACAGAAUCCAGCCCAGUAGAAAUGGUUUCAAUUUCUAUGGAAAUUCCUGAUUCAUUUUAAUAACAUUCUAGGCUACAAAUGACUUACAAAACUACAUGACAAGAGAUGUACCUAUUAAUGUGGACUGAAAGUGUUCAUUGACUUACUUGUGAUAAACAAUCGAUUGCAGAAGUUUCAGGGCUUCAGAAUGCAAAUGGCAUGACAAUUCAGAAUGUUAGAAUGCUUGUUUUUUUUAUCAUUUUGGUAAGACUGACAUGUGAUAAGCUGAUUUUUUUGUGUGUAUUUAUUAGUAAAACAAUUUUUUUUUUAUAGCAUUUGAAAAACAUGACAUAAUAAUCAAACGGCUGUUUGCUUGUCAUUUGCAUAUAUUAAGGACCAAAAAAAAAAAAUGACAGCUUCCUAGAAGUUUAGGGUUGUCUUAUCCCAAAUCAAAAUUUUUGUCAGGAUUAUCCUGUACUAUUUUGUGAAAUAUUUACUAAGAAAUUAAAUGUACCACUUAACUUUGAUUGUAGGCUAACAUUGUUUGUCAUAUUUCUAGAUAGAUGAGCAUAAUGGUUAAUGGUACUCUGUUCAUGAAUUCUAGUAAUGAUUAUCUUGCAUAAAAGAGAUUGGAUUUUUAGUUAUUAACAUAUUGUACUUCAAUAUAAAUAUUCAAUUAUUGUUGGUGUUCUUGGAAUGUAACAAGUCAUUUCAUUAUAACCAAGAUACACAACUCUGCCAUUUAUGUGUUAAGACUUUUAAAUGUAUUGUCUCCCUGGAACCAACAGUAAGACCAAGGAAUAUAACUUGUGUCUUAAUGUAUCAUGGCUUUUAUACAUUGAUUAUCUAUCUUGGUAUAGAAGGAUAAUUAAGUCUGGUUAAUUUGUUGAACGAACACAUAAUAUUUACAUAUGAUUGCUCUAGAAUUGCGUCUGUAUUAAUUUAAAUACAUGUGAUAGAUACAUGUGUAUACUGUUUAUUAUUUUGUUAUAGUAAUUAUAGUGUAAUUGUGUUGUAUCUUCCCAGUAAGUUGUCCCAGUUUCUCUUACAGCACAAUUUAUCAAAAUAUUGAGAGUAAGUGCUCUUUGGAUGUAGAAUUAACAUUUUUUUAUUUUUUUUUACAUCCAUUGGCAUGGAGCACUGACUUCCUAGUAUAUAUCAUUUAGAGAUUUUUUUAUCAUAAAAUAACACGGUCACACUUUAUUUGUAUAAAUUUAUUUUUGUAAAUGUUUUUUACAAAUUUUUUUGAUGUAGCGGUUUCCUCAAACAUACAUUUUUAAAACUAAUGAAAUUCAAAGCAUUACUGUCCUGUUUGCCACUGCAUAUGAUUGGAACCAGUAGCUUUACUAUCUGAUAGUUUAUUUGCAUUGUAUAAUAUGCCUACAUGAUAUAUUUAUCUUAGAGAAAUGUAGAUAUAAAUCUUAAUUUAUAUGAGUAUUUUAGAUUUGAGUUGCUUUUUUUUUUUAACUUAUUGCUAUCUAGGUAGUUGUAUUUUAUUUUAUUUAUACAUUUUCAAACAAUGUUAAGUCAUUUUUGGGGAAAUUUUUUGAAUGUUUUGAUUUCAAAUCUGAUGUGUGUAGAUUUCUUCUUAUCUUAUACAAUACAGACGUUACUUCAAAAAAGAAGAUGAUUACAUCCUACGCGUCAUGCAUUUAGUCAUGCAUAUUAACCAAUGACUUAAAUUCUGCUAAUUCACUGGUUUUCCUGGCUAGCUCAGGCAACCCAUUUGAUUUGACUAUCUUGAUUUGAUAAUGUCUUUUUAAAGUGGAAACUUUACAUUUUUCACUGUAAGAGCCCCUUGAUUGUUCAUUCAUUGUGUUUCAUAGCUAUCUCAUUAAUGUAGAAUGAAAACUUGAAUAAUCAAUAAAUGAAUAAAAACAAUUUAUAUUUUAUUUGUACCUCCAAGCUCCCUUCCAGGUAUCAGUAUUAAAAGUUUGUUUACAUUUGGAACUGAAAGGCAAGACAGUGAGCAUUAUCCCAAAAACUUAUGAGCCACAGAAUUGAUACACUGGUUUUAAAAUGAAUUUUGACUUAUAUAGACAUGCUUUUUAAAGAGCCUUUAUAUAUACAAAAUGUGACUUUUGCUUGAAGAGAAGUAAAUUACAAUUUUGAAUAUCCUUUGAGGUUAAAAUAUAUCCAAAAAUUUGAAACCAUUAAAAAAAAAUUUGAUAUAAUCAAAAUGUUUAAUUAGAUCCAUUUACAAAUAAUAAUAUAUAUAAUGUUUAAAAAUAGUUUUUGGUUGAUUAUUGGGCAAUACAUUGGGAAAGAAUGUGUGUCUUAUAUUUUAUUUGUACACAUUUUUAUAACGCUGUUUAAAGUUGGAUGCCCAUGGAUUACAUACUUUUUUGUUGAAACUAUUUGUAAUUUUGUUAAACUGAAAAAUACAUACAGAGAGAAGAUAUUUAUUUAGAAAUACUGUGCAGUCCCUAUUGAGAGUAGAAUACAUCAGUAGAAUACAUCAAGGUCUAGUCUAAGUCCAGCAUCUUUUUUUGAGGAAAAAUCUCCACUAUCUUGUUUUUUUUUUAAUUUUUUUUGGCUUUACCUCUGAAUUUAUUAAAUGAUAAAUACUGAAUCAAAGUACAAAUAUAUCCGGCUGGUAAUACUAGUUAUAAUACUAGUUAUAUAUUUUUUUUUAUACAUUUCUCUAUCUUUUAAAGAAAGUGUUUUUAAAAAUAAUAAUGUUCUCUACAAAUCUUAAUGAGCUUUCCUUUCACUGCAGUCUAAAAUUGUCCUUUCAGUACUUUCUUUAAACUAAUAACCAUCACAAACAUUUGAAGUCUCUGAUUACAUGGAGUAUCACAGUUAAAGGUCUGUUAUCUGGUCAAGAAUAAAGAUAAAAUACCAGAUGUUAUGUAAACCUGUAUAUAUAAGCAUUAACAAAUAAAAUAUAGUAGAUACACAUAAGCAAUAAAUUUGUUGGUGUGUUUCACAUGUUGUUGUCCUAAGUAUGUUUUUUCAUUUAUAUAAUAACCAUCAGAUGUAUCUAUUUUUUAUAUUUAUCUUGAAAGUUUUUGACUGAAAUGAUGUGAGUAUUUGGAAGAAUAAGAAACUGAUUAUUUGUGGCUGUACAAGGAGCUCCUAGAGUCACCAUCUAUUUCUGUUGUUUUGUAAUUUUUUUGUAUAUAAAUAAUUUUGUAUUGCUGUAAAAAAACAACAACAUUGAACUGCUGUAGUAUAUAUCUGUGUGUGUAGACAUGUCAUUGUAGUUAAUUGUUUAUGUUUAAGUUUCCUUUCAUCUUAUUAGUUUGCAGGCAUUGAAAUAAACUAUUUUGAUAUCACAGUAUUAGGGCAUUUAUUAUUAUCAUAUUCUCUCUUUUUUUUAUAACUUUUACAGACAUUAAAACAUGUUUAUGAAUUAUUAAAAAGUAAGUUUGUUCAUCAAACACCACACAAAAAAAUAUUACUAAACAAAUGACAAUUAGGCCUAUGUAUUGACAUCGUAUGUACCAUCACUGACAUGAGAGAUUUAGAGUGCAGUUUUAUUAUUCCAUGUUUUCUUCUCAAUGUUCUAUAUUGAUCAGCAAAAUAUUUUCCCUUGAUUGUUUUUACUUUACCAAAAACAAUUUAUUUUAAUAUAUCAAAAGCUUUUAAAUAUUUUUUGUCAUACCAAAAAUAAAAUAAUUUUCAUACUAAAUACACAAGUGGUUCUAAAUAGAUAUAUAUUUUCAACACUGCAUAAUGUGACAAUCAAUAUGGACUUGACAGAUUCAUUAAAAACUUGAUAUUGUUAUUUUGAUUAUAAUAAUUUCUUUUGUGUUUUAAGUAAAAGUUACAAUAUUGUUCUUACAUAAAACAUUUAUUUUAACUUAGAUGUAAAAUCAACUUUGUUUUAUUCAUUUACUGUAGUUGUUUAGAUGGAACUUAUUUUAUUUGAUUUCAUUUAAUUCAUGUAUAUCAUUAUCUUCAAUCGUAAAAAAAAAAAAUACAUUAAAAAUAUUGUUUCCAAA